AUGACAGCUGCGAUCGCGUUGGCAGAAGAACGGCAAUAUUCGGCGGAACUGUCCACUCCCUCCACAGGAACAAGCCCCAACCCCCCUCAACAAGCCCUCCACACGCUGAUGGGCGCCAACCAAAAUGCGAUGAGCAAGGCUCCCCGGGUGCAGGAAGCCCCAGGCCCCGCAACCACCGUUAGUGAACCAUUGGCGGUGGUGGCUGAAAAUAUUCAACAACCGGCCGGGACUGCGGCCGAAGGUUCGACGGGCGAUUAUCAUGCAGCCCAGACCAGUCCCACGAGUCUGUCCAGUGUUGGUACGCUUGAAAGUAUGGCGGCUGCUUCCGGUAUGACCACGACGGUGGGCAGUCCAUUGCCCAUUGACGAGCACGACCGUCAAAUCACCAAUGCCGUCGAGGCGAGUUCUCCUUCAUCUGGUGAAGGCGUGAAAGCCUUCUCUUAUCCUACGCCCUUGUUGCAAGCCGAAGUAAACGAAGGCGCUAGACGAGGGAUGAGCUUGCCUCAUUCCGGCACACGACAAGGUACAAGAUCUCCUUCCAGCAAAAAGCACAGAUGCCCUUAUUGUGCCACCGAGUUCACUCGUCAUCACAAUUUGAAGAGCCAUCUGUUAACGCAUAGCCAAGAGAAACCCUACGUCUGCUCGACAUGUCAAUCGAGGUUCCGCCGGUUGCACGAUCUCAAGCGCCACACAAAGCUGCAUACAGGUGAACGACCCCAUAUCUGUUCCAAAUGUGGACGAAAAUUCGCACGAGGCGACGCUUUGGCCCGUCAUACUAAAGGUAUCGGCGGAUGUGCCGGUCGCAGAGCCAGCAUGGGCAGUUUCGGCGGGGAUGAUGAUGCCGAAGGAGAUGAGUCGAUGGAAGGGAUCAUGUACAACGAACCUGACGCCAUGGAGGACGAGGAAGGUAAUGACUCGAAACCCCGGAUCCGUCGUCAGGCUCCUUCCGGGGACGAUGCUAGAGAGGAUCCGGACCAUACAUCUCGGAUUCCAAACACAUACCCUCCUAUCCAAGGGCGUCCCCCCGGUGGUCUGGCGGGUGGAUUUUUCCCACCCCGGGCUGGCUAUGGCUCAGCCACCUCUGGAUCGGGCAAUGUUGCUACUGGAUCCUCGGCGGCGGCAUCGUUACCAUUUCCACAGAUGUCUAAUUCCUCGUCCAGCUCGCGACCUUCGGGUCCUGGAAGCACGGUAUUUGCCCAAAACCCGCUCACCGAAAGUCCGAAACCCCUUUCGCCUGGUCAGGCACAGAGAGGGACGGGACCAGGACCGGCCGAGGGUAGCCUGAAUCGAAACCGAUCUCCCAGUGUGACACAUUAUCAGCAAGUUCAGUACGCUCGAACCAGUGGGACCGGCUCAUCUCUGAGUGUAGCUUCGGGAGCACCUCAACUGCCGCCACCUAACGUGUUGAACCCACCCGAUGCAAGAUACACUCUGCCCAGUCAAGGCGGCCCAGCUCACCCUCCGACGCAGCCUAGUGGGCCACCCACACACAUGAGCGGGAGUGGUCCAUUAUCAUCUCACAGCAAUAGUUUGUCUAGUCACGGACCUUCUGUUCACGGCAGUGGAGAAACAUCCAAUCCCAUGUUUGCCAACAAGGAUGAUCGAAUCUGGGCCUAUGUGACGACUUUGGAACAAAGAAUGAAUGCGAUGCAAGACGAGAUCAAUUCUCUGAAGCAUCAGUUGGCCGCGGCCACACAAGCACGACAACAGCAACAGCAACAGCAACAACGAAUUUGA